AUGCUAAACAGGAGCUCCUUCACCACCCUGGUGGUUGGGGUGUUUAUUGUAUAUGUUGUUCAUACCUGCUGGGUGAUGUAUGGCAUUGUCUACACUAAGCCCUGUGAAAGCCACAGUGAUAACUGCAUCAAACCAUACCUCUCAAAGAGGCCAAAAUUGCAAUUAAGUGUAUACACCACAACAAGGACUAGUAUUAGCGCUGAAAAUAAUGUUGAUUUGGUUCUAAAUGUCGACAACUUUGACGUGGAGUCAAGAUUUGAAAGAACUGUGAAUGUUACUGUACCCAAGAAAACCAGGAAUAAUGGCACAUUGUAUGCAUAUAUAUUUCUUCAUCACUCUGGGGUCCUUCCAUGGCACGAUGGUAAACAAGUACAUAUUGUGAGCCCUUUGACUACUUACAUGAUUCCAAAGCCUGAAGAGAGUUAAUCUCAUUACUGGAGAAACUGGAACUCAGCAAAUUGACACCGAUAAAAAGGAAAAUAAUGCACUGGAUGAACCUGUCUCACACUGGAGAUCUCGGCUAACACUGAAUGUUAUGGUGGAAGACUUUAUUUUUGAUGGGUCCUCUCUACCUGCUGAUGUUCACAGAUACAUGAAAAUGAUUCAACUUGGGAAGUCUGUUCAUUACCUUCCUAUAUUAUUUAUAGAUCAAUUAAGUAAUCGAGUGAAGGAUUUGAUGAUGAUAAAUCGUUCUACAACAGAACUUCCUCUGACUGUAUCGUAUGACAAAAUAUCAUUGGGUAAACUUCGGUUUUGGAUUCACAUGCAAGAUGCGGUUUACUCUUUACAACAGUUUGGUUUUUCAGAAAAAGAUGCAGAUGAAGUAAAGGGGAUUUUCGUGGAUACCAAUCUUUAUUUUUUAGCCCUCACUUUCUUUGUAGCUGCUUUUCAUCUCUUGUUUGAUUUUCUUGCAUUUAAAAAUGACAUCAGUUUCUGGAAGAAGAAGAAAAAUAUGGUUGGGAUGUCAACAAAAGCAGUGUUGUGGCGUUGUUUUAGCACUGUGGUAAUCUUCCUCUUCUUACUGGAUGAACAAACCAGCUUGCUGGUUUUGAUCCCUGCUGGCAUUGGCGCUGUGAUUGAGGUCUGGAAGGUCAAGAAGGCAUUGAAAAUAACUUUCCAGUUCAGAGGUCUAAUUCCUGCAAUCAAGUUUGGAACCUACAGUGAAUCUGAAAAGAAAACUGAAGAAUAUGAUACUCAGGCAAUGAAAUAUUUGUCAUACCUAUUAUAUCCAUUAUGCGUUGGUGGGGCAGUGUAUUCACUUUUGAAUAUAAGAUACAAAAGCUGGUAUUCUUGGUUGAUUAACAGCUUUGUCAAUGGUGUUUAUGCUUUUGGGUUCCUUUUUAUGCUGCCACAGUUAUUUGUAAAUUAUAAGAUGAAAUCCGUGGCCCAUUUGCCUUGGAAAGCAUUCACAUACAAAGCAUUUAAUACGUUUAUCGAUGAUAUAUUUGCCUUUAUUAUUACCAUGCCGACAUCUCACAGACUUGCAUGUUUUAGAGAUGAUGUGGUAUUUCUAAUUUAUUUGUACCAAAGAUGGCUUUAUCCUGUGGAUAAGACUAGAGUGAAUGAAUAUGGUGAAUCCUAUGAAGAGAAACCAAAACGAAAGCCGCAUAUAAACUAG